UGGGCCCGGCGCCGACCAUGCCCCGCGGCUGCCGCUGCCUGCGUCUCGUGUGCCUGCUGUGCAUCCUAGGGGCUCCGGGUCAGCCGGCCCGAGCUGAUGACUGCAGUGUCCACUGCGACCUGGCCCACGGCUGCUGCAUGCCCGACGGCUCUUGCAGAUACCCAGAGGGACCUGGAGAUCAGAUCCAGGAGGCAAGGGGAAGAUGAAGGAAAGAGAAGUGCCGCUUGGGGAGGAAAGGCUGCAUGCAGGUGGCUGGGAGUAGUUCUCCGGGAAAGAGGCUCUUUCUUGAUGAGGUGUGACCCAGGCUGGGAGGGGCUGCACUGUGAGCGCUGUGUGCGGAUGCCUGGCUGCCAGCACGGUACCUGCCACCAGCCCUGGCAGUGUAUCUGCCAUGGCGGCUGGGCGGGCAAAUUCUGCGACAAAGACGAGCACAUCUGUACCUCACAGUCCCCCUGCCAGAACGGAGGCCAGUGUGUGUAUGAUGGGGGUGGCGAGUACCACUGCGUGUGCCCACCUGGCUUCCACGGGCGGGAGUGCGAGCGCAAGGCCGGGCCCUGCGAGCGGGUAGGCUCCCCAUGCCGGAAUGGCGGGCAGUGCCAGGAUGACCAGGGCUUUGCCCCCAACUUCACAUGCCGCUGCCUGGCGGGCUUCGUGGGUGCCCACUGCGAGGUGAAUGUAGACGACUGCCUGAUGCGGCCUUGUGCCAAUGGUGCCACCUGUGUGGACGGCAUAAACCGCUUCUCCUGCCUCUGCCCUGAGGGGUUUGCUGGACGCUUCUGCACCAUCAACCUGGACGACUGUGCCAGCCGCCCAUGCCAGAGAGGGGCCCGCUGCCGGGACCGUGUCCACGACUUUGACUGCCUCUGCCCCAGCGGCUACAGUGGCAAGACUUGUGAACUUGUCCUACCCAUCCCAGAUCCUGCCACCACAGCAGGCACCCCCGUGGGGCCCACCUCGGCAGCGGUGGUCCCUGCCACAGGGCCAGUGCCCCAUAGCGCAGGCGCAGGCCUGCUGCGCAUCUCAGUGAAGGAGGUGGUGCGGAGGCAGGAGGCUGGGCUGGGGGAGUCAAGCCUGGUGGCCUUGGUCGUGUUCGGGGCUCUCACCGCUGCCCUGGUCCUGGCCACCGUGCUGCUGACCCUGAGGGCCUGGCGCCGGGGCAUCUGCCCCCCUGGACCUUGUUGCUAUCCAGCGCCCCACUACACCCCUGCCCGGCAGGACCAGGAGUGUCAGGUGAGCAUGCUGCCAGCAGGGCUGAGCCUGUCACCAGACCUGCCCCCAGAGCCGGGCAAGACCACAGCGCUGUGAUGGCGGUGGGGGCGCCCAGCCCCCAUCCUCACCUCCUCCACACCUCAGACUGUAGCGAUCCUUCCUCGCCCCUCAGCACGGAUGUAUGCAUCAAAGGAGCUUCAGCCUCACACCAGAAAUACUAUUUUUUUAAUACACAGAAUGUUUUAUCAAAUAAAACUAUAAAAAUAUAAA